CGACGUUCCAGCCAGGCCUUUUCACAGCAUAAUUAAAAUAGUGAUGUGCGGUGCAGGUGUGCCGCGGUUAUAAUUAAAAAAAGAAGAAAAAAAAAACUUCACGACUGACGUGAUCCCGCAAGUUGCUGUUCCAAAAAGUCCGACGUCCACGCUUUGAAACUGUCAAACACACAAUGAACAGCAGUGGACCAGGGUAUCCUCUCGCCUCUCUGUAUGUUGGAGACCUGCACCCUGAUGUUACGGAGGCCAUGCUUUAUCAGAAGUUUUCCCCUGCUGGACCUAUCGUGUCAAUCCGUGUGUGCCGUGACAUUAUUACUCGAAGAUCUCUGGGAUAUGCCUAUAUAAACUUCCAGCAACCAGCUGAUGCGGAGUGUGCCCUGGAUACCAUGAACUAUGAUGUCAUCAAGGGGCGUCCAAUUCGAAUAAUGUGGUCUCAGCGCGACCCGGCUCUCCGGAAGUCUGGUGUGGGUAACAUCUUUAUCAAGAACAUAGAUGACUCUAUUGACAACAAGGCGCUGUAUGAUACUUUCUCAGCCUUUGGCAAUAUUUUGUCCUGCAAGGUUGUCUGUGAUGAGAGAGGAUCCAAAGGCUAUGGCUUUGUUCACUUUGAGACCCAGGAGGCUGCAAACCGAGCCAUUGAAACCAUGAAUGGGAUGCUGCUUAAUGACAGAAAAGUUGAAAAGACAGGUAAAAAGGUGGAACAUGGUAUUGUCAACCCAGAGCUCCGCUCCCUGUGGAAAAAAUGUCAGUUCUCCCAGAUUAGGUUUGUUGGCCACUUUAAGUCUCGUAAAGAAAGGGAGGUAGAAUUUGGUACCAAGGUCAUGAAGUUCACGAAUAUCUACAUCAAAAACUUUGGAGACAACUUGACGGAUGAAAAACUGAAGGAAGUUUUUUCUGCAUUUGGGAAGACCCUGAGCGUUCGAGUCAUGAAGGAUGAGAAGGGACGUUCACGAGGAUUUGGCUUUGUCAACUUUGCUCAUCAUGAAGAUGCUCAGAAGGCUGUCGAUGAGAUGAAUGGAAAGGAGAUGAAUGGGAAGAUCAUCUAUGUAGGGCGAGCCCAGAAGCGUCUGGAGCGCCAGGGGGAGCUGAAGCGCAAGUUUGACCAACUCAAACAAGAUCGCAUACAGCGUUAUCAGGGCGUCAAUCUAUACGUGAAGAACUUGGAUGAUAGCAUUGACGAUGAGAGACUAAGAAAGGAGUUUUCCCCUUAUGGAACCAUCACUAGUGCUAAGGUGAUGACUGAGGCCGGCCAAAGCAAAGGCUUUGGGUUUGUGUGUUUCUCCUCUCCAGAGGAAGCAACUAAAGCAGUAACGGAAAUGAACGGUAGAAUUGUUGCGACCAAGCCCCUGUACGUUGCUCUGGCUCAACGCAGGGAGGAGCGUAAAGCAAUCCUUACAAAUAAGUACAUGCAGAGACUGGCCACCCUGAGGACCAUGCCCAGCCCAAUAAUUGAUUCAUACCACCAGUCUGGAUACUACAUGACUGUACCGCAGCCUCCCACUCGCUCUUUCUACAACCACAAUGCUGUCACCAAUGUGAGGUCUGUCCCUCGUUGGACAGGACAACCACAGAGACCGCAGGACCCAUACUCAACCCAGAUUGUCGGUGGCCCUUUUGCUCGUCGUGGAUCGACCACAAUUACUACAGUGAAGCAGGCUUCCACUCAGGCUCCACGCAUCACAGCAUCCACACAAAAGACAAACAACAUCGGGACUCAGACUAUAGGAGGGCGUGCAGAUGUAGCUGGUGCCCUCAGAAGUGGCCAGUACAAGUAUUCAUCUGCAGUGAGAAACCCGCUGCAUGUUGUGACAGUUCCUGCACCUAUGACAAGGUCACAGGUUGUCGCUGUGCCUGUGGUGGAAUCACCUGUGCAUAUCCUCGGCCCAGAGCUGCUCACCACCUCAAUGCUGGCUGCAGCUCCACCCAUGGAUCAGAAGCAGCUUCUUGGAGAUCGACUUUACCCUCUGAUCCUUGCUCUACAGCCAAACCUGGCAGGAAAAAUUACUGGGAUGUUGCUGGAGAUCGACAACUCUGAGCUGCUGCAUAUGCUGGAGUCACCAGAGUCCCUGAAAUCCAAGGUGGAUGAGGCCAUCGCUGUCCUGCAGGCUCAUCAAGCAAAGGAGUGUUCUCCAAAGAAGUGAAGCCCUUUCAGGUGUUGCCAAGUUUCUGGUGGAAGAAAAGUUAAUAUUUGAAGAAAAAAAGCCAACUUCAUGUUAACGUUGAGGUUUUCUGAAGUCAAAUCUGUUUUGUUGUUCAAAAACUUUUGUUAGAAGAUAAAGUUUGCAGGGCAUGCAUUAAA